AUGGAACGAAGUGCGCGCGCGUGGAUGUCGAUCGUCGUCGUUCAGGCGAUGGGAAGUGUGUGGAUGUGCUACGCGAAGCAGUCGGCCGCCUCGCAUUACACCUCCGCCUCGCCCGCGCUUUCCAGGGCUCACGCACUUCCUCUCGCACUCGUCUGCGUGUUACGGUAAGAAGGUUUGCUGCUUUCAGUUGCAAAAAUGAGUGUAUUUUCGUCUUGUAUGCGAAUUUUGUAUGAAGCAAGACCAGGGAUCUGGACUUUUAACAUUCUAGUCUUAGUUUGGAAUAUCCACCUUAAAAUUGUCAAACCGAUUGGAUCAUCUUACCUGGAUAUAAGGUGAUUUACGGCCGAAAAGCACUGGCUUUUUGCAAAAACUAGGCUCCAGAGUUAAUAAUCCGAUCGAUCUGAAACUUAAACCGAAGGCCGGCAUCUCUUCACCAUUUGUUUGUCCUAAAUCUUCUCUUAUUCUCCAGAAUCGUGUUGAUAUUCGACUUCCGGAACCUGGCGGUCCACAUCGCCCACAUCCUCCUCUCCACCAUCACAGCCAUCCACACGUUCGCCGAAGUGUUCUUCUACCUAUCCAUGUCGUACGGCAUCGUCACCGUCACCGAAGUCACCCUCAACAGCUUCACCGUCGUCGUCAUGGUCACCUUCUUGACGUCUUCCGCCUUCUCGGAACCAUCAACUGUGGAAAAGAGAAGAAAACUCGGAAGGUGA